ACUAGUGGAGGUGGGUAAACAGUAGAUGUGAUCUCUCUUGGUGUCACUAAGGCUUUUGACACAGUGCCAUGGGACAUUCUCACAAGCGAACGAGGGAAAUGUGGUCUAGAUGUAAUCAGUGAAAUGUGAGUGCAGAGCUGGUUGAAAGCUCAGACUCGAAGAGCCCUUCUCCAUGUCUGGCUGUCCAACGGAGAGGGUGUACCUACUGGGUCCGGCAGGGAUCAGUCCGGGAGCCGGUAGUAUUCAAAAUUUUCCUUCAGGAUUUGGAAAAUGGAGUGGAGAGCAUGCUUCUACAAUUUGCAAAUGACACCAAGCACUUUGGAGCACAGGAUUGGAAUUCAAAACGCCCUUAACAAAUUGGAGACUUGGUCUUCUUGAGCCAGACUCCAUGGCUGGGCCCCUCUCUCUAGACUGGGCUGAAGUGAAACCCCAGAGCCAAACACUCCUCCUCCUGGGCAGUGCGCUCCCACCUUCAAUGGGCAGAUGCUGCUUAGCGCUGUCAGAGCAGCUUUUGCUGGGGGCUUCUCCCAGCACUUUCCAAUAGUGGGAAAGUAUGAAAUCCCCAUUUGACUGCUGGGGACAGAGCCAGAGACGGGGGAGCAAUUUGCUCAAAGUCCCACAGGAAAAGGAAAACACCCAGCAGUGGAACCAACAGGAAACCCAGCAAUGGAACUCAGGAGUCCUGGCUCCCAGUCCCCUGGUCCAGUCACUCCAGCGGAGCACACUCCCUCUCAAAGGCAGAGGGAGUGGACAUGGGGGCCUGGUUGAAAUUGCCAGCUGUGGGAGGGAGUGUGCAGCAGUGGUUAGCGAAGGGGCCUGGAAAGAAGGCCUGCUGGGUCCCAUCCAUUCUUCUGACACUUGGUGUGACCCUGUGCCAGUAGCUUCCCCUCCCAGGCCUGGUUCUCAUCAGUGGGGUUGGGGUCGCAGUCCCAACAGCCCAGGGGGGUCGGGAGGCUCCAGGAAGGUGUGUAAAGUGCUGGGAUGUCGGGAUCCCGGAGGCGCUGUCACCCCUGCACGAGGGCGGUGUUCUGCACCCCCUGCUGCUGGCCGAGUUUCUCUGUCCCUUGGCAAUAAGACAGACUCUUGUUUUCACAGCCAGCCGAUCGCCCCGUGCCAUCACCCUGCCUGCUUCCUGGGCAGGGGAACUCCUCAGCUCACCACCACCCUCUCCAGCCUGCUUGGAGAGUGAGGAGAGUGAGGAGAAGGGCAAGGGACAUCCUCCAUCCAUCGCUCCAUCACCAGAGCAUCGUCCGCCAGGGACUCCGAGGACGACAAGGAGAAAGAAGAACGGGUAGACUUGGUAACAGAGGAGGCUGCUCUCAUGAACAUCCGAGAGCAGCUCUAUGCCCGAGAAAAGGACGAGGCGCAGCAGCUCGUGUUCCUGCACUCCAUCUACCCCGCGUGCCUCGCUGCCCAGCAGAGAGGGGACUACACAUUGGAGCCACACUGCUCGAAGGCGGCUGUGGCGGAGAGGAUUGUGGAGCUCAUUGAGGAGCUUCCUCCUCACUCUCCACCCGGCGCCGUCCUGGCCAACUCCCUCAUUGCUGUGGCCAACCUCAGCACCAUGACACCUGCCCUGGAGACGGAGCUGGAGACCCACCUCCUCCGAGCCACCCUGCACGCAGUCUUCACCCUGGGCACGCAGACGGACACCAAUCAAGUCCUGGAUCUGCAUAGGGUCAUACCAGACCUUCUGGACGCCAUGCUGGGGAACCUGCUGGCAAAGACCCCAGACACGGAGAAGCUCCACUACAUCUUGGAGCACAUUAACUACUGGACCGUGUCCAGGGUGCCACGAGAGACAGCCAGGGCCAUCAGGAGCAGUGCGGCCCUGCUCACGUCUGUCAUCUCCCUCCCUGACUUUGACAACUCAGCCGAAUUCCCAAGGAUGGGUCACCACGUGGCCCAGCUGGCUCUGUUCGUUGGUGACCCAGACGAGGACAUCAGCCGGCAGGCCAGGGAGGGGGUUUACCGGCUCUACCAGCUCCUGCUGCGCCAGAGGGACCUGAACAUCCAUGAGAUCUAAGACCUUUGGUGCUGGGACUGGCACCAGGACAGCAGGCUCCUCGGCUAUAAGAACACUGCCAGGGUC